UUUACAUUCAGAAAAUAAACCUAGAUAAUAAUAUUCACACCAAAACGAAAAGCUCCCAAAGAUGUCGAAAUAUAUCGUACGUCCUUUGCUGUUCCAGAUCCAGCCCGUGAUCCUUCGCCGCCUGUGCCAGGAGACACCGAAGAUGUCAAACACUGAACGCCCGCCAAGGAUCCACCAGAUGAGGGUACGACCGACAAGUGUCGACCAUGAUGGCAUCGAUGUGCCCGACUUUGUGCACCCCGCCGCCUUCCGCCAAUUCAGCGGUCCGGAUGAGCAGCUAGGCCCAGGAGCUGGAAAAUCCGAGAAGUAUAAGAAUGGGCACUACUUUGGCUAUCAUCGCUUCUCGUUUCAUGAACUGCAGACCCAGGCCAUAGAUCUACGGAACGAGAUGCGUCUUGACUGCGGACUUCAGGCCUCCAUUGAAGCGGAUGGGGAGAAGGAGGAGCUGGAAAAAGAGCUGGGAACUAUGAAGAAACUGGAAGAGGAAUGCGAUGAGAUUCUGGCCGCUCAAGCCAAGGAAAUCGAAGCCGAGGAGAAGGCGCUCGAGGAAAUGACCGUAAAUGAGCUAGAAGAGUGGUGUCUGAAGAAAGAGGCAGAAAUUAAAGAGAAGGAAAAAGAAAAGGAGAAGAUGCAGCUUCUUGAGAAGGAGAAGCUUGAGGAAAUGACCGUAGAUGAGCUGGAAGAAUGGUGCCUAAAGAAAGAGGCAGCCAUUAAAGAGAAGGAAAAAGCUAAUAAGGAAAUGAAUCUUGGGGAAAAAACCGAAAAGAAAAUCCAGGAAAUGAGCGAACAGGAACUCUUGGAUUGGUGUCUCAAAAAGGAAGCCGAUAUUAAGGAAAAUGUGAAGAAAGAAGCAGAUCAAGCCAAGAAGGACUCAGAACCGGAAGCCGAAGAUAAAUGAAGCUAAGAUAUGUGCAGAAAAAAAACAUAAACAAAGGAAACUUAAACCAAAAAAUAAAUCUAGAACAGGAACUCAACAGGAAAUGUGCAGGGGAAAAGGAAAAAAAAUUUAGGGAACCUCUAAAAAACAAAAAACAAAGAA